AUGAUUCUAUCACAAAAUCGUAUAGCGAAGUCGAGAAUGUCAUUUAACGUACGGAAGAGCAGUACAUGUGGUAUGAAUAAUGACAGGCCAAGGCCUUCGUUUUCUUCGUCGAAGACAUCAUUGAGCUCUAUUACUGCAGCCUCUUCGACAGUUUUAGAACGGCAGAAUACGGAAGCGUAUGCCGGUGCUACAUUUGAAACUGUUCCUAGUUCCGUUGUCUCAUUCCAUCACCCACACUCGUACAGGUCCACGGCUUUGGGGAGUGUUGAUUCGUUGGCGAGGAGCAGGAGGAACACUGGCUCUGAUUCUUUAGCUUUGACGCCUCUCCAUUCAAGGACUUCCGAACAAUCACGAACUCCUUCUAGAAUUCCACAUUUUAGGUUUUUUACUGAGGAACAACUUGAGAAUGCUCAAGGGGCAGCUUCUACAUUAGGUUAUACAGACUACGAUACAGAUUGGGAUGCGAUCCCGGCGUAUGAACAAUACCGACUACAUGCUCAACCAAGAUCCUCAAUUUCCUCAUUUCGGAACACAAGUGACCAAGCAGCAGGAUCUGUUCUUUCAUCAACAAGAGGAAGGUCUUCUAUCUCUUGUGCUGUAGAUCAAAGUGGAGGAAGGCCCUCUCAAGAUAGUUUUUCUCGUUCAUCACAAAGCUCGUCUCAAUACUCAUUUAGAGCGAGGAUCCCUGUUGAGGUUGAGGAAGCAGCAGGUAGUUCCCAUUUGACAGGCGAUACCAUAUCUGAUCACUACAGUGAUGGUGAUACUGAUCUUCAAUUAUUGGCUGAUGAGGAUGGUUCCAAUAUAAUAGAAUCUUCUGAAACUCAGAAUGGUCCAAACAAAAAAUCUUGCCACACGGAGUAUCUAAAACCGCAGUAUCAUGAAAGAUUUUACCCCCAGCAUAAUCCACAUUUACAUUUCCAACGAUUUUACAUAGCCGAGGAAGAUUUUGUUAUAGGUAUUGCAGGUUUCAAAACUUCCAUUUGGAAGAAAUAUUCGUAUAAUAUUUGGUGUUGGUUAACUUUUGGUCUAUUAUAUUUGAUUUGCAAGUGGAUUCCACGUUAUAAGGUAAAGCUGUGUGGCACGAAAACUCUUUUAGGAAAAGCAGAAUGGGUGGUUGUAGAAAAUCAAUACGGCGAAUUGUCGAUUAUCGAUGUCAAGAGGGAGUGGUAUAAUAGACCUUUAAGUACUAUCUUUCCUUUGGAAUACGACCCAACACUCACCAAUUACCGCCAUUAUCACCAUGAAAGCGAAUCCAAUCCAAACGUCCCGAUAAUUAUUUCGUUUGAAUACAGGUAUUUAAAAUUGAUAUAUUCACCCUUACUCGAUAUAUUCCAGACGAAUUCUAACUGGACAGAUCCUAAUUGGGUUGAUUUAGAUCUAGCAUCCAAGGGAUUACCAACCGCUAUACAUGAAGAUAGAGUCAUUGCAUUCGGCAAAAACAGUAUUAGAUUGAAACAAAAAGAUACAUCUCAAAUUUUUUUCGAGGAGGCUUUACAUCCAUUUUAUGUUUUUCAAAUUUUCUCUAUUAUCCUUUGGAUGUUUGACGAAUAUUACUUUUAUGCGGCUUGUAUUUUUAUCAUUUCAGCGUUUUCUAUAAUGGAUACAAUUUUUGAAACCAAACAGUCCUAUGCUAGAUUGUUCGAGGUUUCGCAUUUCCAUUGCGAUGUUCGUGUCUACAAGGAUGGUUUCUGGACGCAGGUUUCUUCUUCUGAUUUAGUUCCUGGAGACAUAUAUGAAAUUUCUGAUCCAUCAUUGUCCGUUGUACCCUGUGAUUCCGUUUUAAUUUCAGGUGACUGCCUCACUAACGAGUCUAUGCUAACUGGUGAGUCUGUCCCUGUUUCAAAAGUUGCAGCAACGGUAGAAACUAUGCAUCAAUUGUUGGAGGAUUUUAUGGACACCCAGGUAUCUGGCUUCGUUUCAAAAUCUUUUCUUUUCAAUGGUACCAAGCUAAUAAGAGUUCGCCCAGCAGCAGGACAGUCUACGGCUUUAGCCAUGGCUGUUCGAACUGGUUUUUCAACCACCAAAGGUGGAUUGGUGCGGUCUAUGGUCUUCCCAAAGCCUAUUGGUUUUAAGUUCUACGAAGAUUCCUUCAAAUACCUUGGUAUUAUGGCACUAGUUGCAUGCUUUGGGUUCUUCAUUAACAUUAUUCAGUUUAUCAGUAUGGGGUUGAGUAAAAGGGUAAUAAUUCUUCGUGGACUAGAUAUAGUUACUAUUGUUAUCCCUCCGGCGUUACCGGCAUCGUUGUCCAUUGGCACUGGAUUUGCAUUAAACAGAUUAAAGAAAAAAGGAAUUUUCUGUAUCACUCCAACAAGGCUAAAUAUUGGAGGUAAGAUCGACGUCAUGUGCUUUGAUAAAACAGGAACAUUAACCGAGGAUGGCCUAACUGUUUUGGGCGUACAUUUUGUACAAAAUUCAAGAAAAGAAUUAAAUUUUAGCGACUUAAUUAAAGACGUUGGUGGCCUAUGCAGCAAUUUCGCUCACAAUGAUUCUCCUUUUCAGAAUGCUAUGAAGGCCAAGAAAUUCUUCUUUUCUUUACUAACAUGCCAUUCAUUGAGAGUAGUUAAUGAUGAGCUCAUAGGAGAUCCUCUAGACUUCAAAAUGUUUCAGUUUACAAAAUGGACAUAUGCAGAAGAUACAAAGGGGUACAAGUUUUCCUCCUUAUACGAAGAAAGGCAUGAUACAGGUCUUUUACCAGAAAAUAGCAGUAUAUCGCCCGCUAUUGUUUAUCGAAACGCUGAUGGUAAUUUGGAUAAUGAAAGUACAAAUAAUAUGAUAGGUAUUGUUAGGAGUUUUGAAUUUUUGCCUCAAUUAAGACGUAUGAGUGUGAUAGUUAAGCCGUUUUCUGAAAAAGUGUUCAUUUCAUUCACCAAGGGUGCUCCAGAAGUAAUUGCAGAUCUCUGUAAUAGAUCUUCUUUACCUGAAGAUUAUGACAAUUUAUUGAACAAUUAUACGCAUAAAGGUUAUAGAGUUAUUUCUUGUGCUGGAAAAGUUUUGAAUAAAAACUCAUGGCUACAUUCUCAAAAGGUCACUCGUGAAGAGGUUGAGUCUGAUCUAGAAUUUUUAGGGUUUAUUAUUUUUGAAAAUCGGUUAAAGAGUUCUACUAAAAGCACCCUAGAGUCAUUGAAUGCUGCGAAUAUUAGAACUAUAAUGUGUACUGGUGAUAAUGUUUUGACAGCAAUUUCUGUCGGAAGAGAGGCAAACUUGAUAAACAAUUCUCGGGUUUUUGUUGCCUCUCUUAUUGAACCUAUGAAUCAAUCUAAAGAAAUGCUAGUAUGGCAAGAUGUUGAUCGACCCUCAGAGGUUUUGGAUACUGUUACGCUAAAACCAUCACUGGAAUACGAUGAAGAUUACACGUUAGCGAUUACCGGCGAUGUUUUCCGCGUACUAUUUAAAAAUAACGAGUUCGUUUCCAAUCAAUAUCUCAACAAUGUAUUACUCAAGUGUUCGAUUUAUGCACGCAUGUCACCUGAUGAAAAGCAUGAAUUAGUUGAACAAUUACAAGGUUUGAAUUAUGCUGUUGGAUUUUGUGGUGAUGGUGCCAAUGAUUGUGGUGCUUUGAAAGCUGCUGAUAUCGGUGUUUCACUAUCAGACGCAGAGGCCUCAGUAGCUGCUCCUUUUACGUCACAGAUUUUUGAGAUAAGUUGUGUUUUGGAUGUCAUCAAAGAAGGUCGUGCAGCAUUAGUAACAUCCUUUGCUUGUUUUCAAUACAUGAGUCUAUAUUCUGCGAUCCAAUUCAUUACUAUUAAUAUUCUAUACAGUCGUGGAAUCAACUUGGCGGACUUCCAAUUUCUUUAUAUUGAUUUGUUCUUGAUCGUCCCCAUUGCGAUAUUUAUGUCAUGGUCAAAGCCAUACAGCGUGUUAGCCAAAAAGCGUCCGAGUGCCAAUUUAGUAUCCCCAAAGAUUUUAGUUCCAUUUUUUGUGCAGCUUAUCAUCAUUUUUGUUUUCCAAAUCAUUCCAUGGUACAUGGUCCAGAAGAUGCCUUGGUACAUAAAACCAGUAGCUGGCGAUGACAACGCCGUGAAAUCCAGCGAUAAUACCGUGUUAUUCUUUGUCUCGAACUUCCAAUACAUAUUAAUUGCGAUUGUGCUAUCUGUUGGUCCACCUUACAGGGAACCUAUAUCCAAGAACUUCGGCUUGAUAGCCGACGUUGUCCUGUCGGUGCUCGCUUCAUUGAAGUUAAUGUAUUUGGACUGCAACUCAUGGCUUGGCUCACUGUUCUUCUUGACAGAAAUUUCACCAAAUUUUAAGCUCAUGAUUUGUGGAUGGGUUGCACUUAACUGUCUAGUGCAGCUUGUUGUACCUGGGAAGUUCAAAUACCUUUUCAGAAAGAAGCGUAGCAGCAAGAAGUAUAAAAAUAUUUUAAGGGAGCAAAUGCUAAGUCACACAGUAUGA